GGUACUACCGGUUGAGGCCGUCUCGGAUGGGUGGACUGAAGUAUGGACACUCAGAGGUCCGCUGCUGCUCGGCAGGAUUCGCGGAGAGCGGCUGUCCUGGCGGAACCCUGCGCGCCCUCCAGGGCCGGGAGCAGCGGAGCGGCGGGCAGGGUGUGGAGCAGCCGGUUCUGCGGCCAGCGCCCCGCGCUGGGGAUUGCAGUGGGGAAGCUGUGGGAACGCGUGGAGGCCGCUUCCCCCCCGCCUGCCGCAGCGGGGGGCCGGGCACUGACUCUUUACCCUCCGGGGGAGGCACCGCCUGGGACUGGAAGGCGCCAGACGCGCCUCUACCCUGCCGGCCGCCAUGUGGCCCCCUGCCCCGCCGCUGCACUCGGGAGGGGGGGCCGGGCCUUCCUUGCCGGCCGGCCGCCCUCAGAGCUGCCCCGGCCCCGUCUGCCCCCAAGAGGGGCUGCUCAGGGGAGACCCGCUGCCGGGGGAAUCCGUCGGGGGAUGCCGGCCGCUACGCUGCACCCCGGCCUCGCCCGCUGCCCCUGGGUGUUUGGGGUGCGCGUUCGGCCCUCGGCAAGGACAUGUCGCCCACAUCUGCUCUACCCUCUGCGGUAUCUGCACCCGGCAGGGAAUCGGACACUCACUAGUCCCUGCGGGGACUGCAAAUAUACUUGAA